CAAGACACCAAUGAACGUCCUGCGACGACCGUCGGGCUUGUCCAAGUUUCGGUUUUACUCGACACAGACCACGAGGCCGUUUGUCCCACCCGCCUCUCUAAACCACUUUGACUUCCGCCAACGCCAACGCGAAAAACCGCGUCCUACGAGCCCAGCCUUCUAUACCGCUCGUCCCGAAUUCUACGAUCAGCUCUCGUCGUUAGAGUCAGCUCUGCAACAUGCCAAGACUGCGCUUACAUCAUGCCACCUCCUUCCCCUUCCUCAAUUUGCUCGGGAGGCCCUCCCACCGCGUGUCAAUGCUUGGGUAGACAAGCGCGAGCUCGGUCUGAAGCUCAGAAGCACCCUCACGACGAGCCGCUACAGACGAGUGGUUCUUGUGCUCAAUGAGCUAGAGACCUAUAGAGCCAUUGCGGAAAAGGCUGGGAUUGCAGAGUUGCAGGAAGGCAUCAGAGGUAUCACAGAACUGUUCGAGCGUGCAGACGCUGCGACGAUGCUGGCGAGGGGAAAGGCCAAACCUGUCAAGUUCGAUGAGUAUGGGCGAAGCUAUACCCUCGGGAAGCGGAAGACGAGCUCUGCGCGGGUGUGGAUCGUGCCUGUCCAACAACCUCCCGCAGAUAAAUCCACCGCCUCCCAGUCAAUACCAGCAGCAACGGAAACAGACACCGCGCUUACAGCUCUUCUUGACCCCAUUUCUUCGUCGAAGAGCAACGAGCCUGUAUCCGUCUCCCAGAUUCUCGUGAACAAUACUCCUCUCUCAACUUAUUUCCCUAUUCCCGCUGAUCGUGCUCGCGUGAUUCAUCCAAUCAAACUCGCGGGUUUAUUGGGGGCAUAUAAUAUCUUCGCCAUCGUACGUGGCGGAGGUACAUCUGGACAAAGCGGUGCGGUUGCGCAUGGUAUCGCAAAGGGUCUGGCAGCACACGAACCAGCCGUCGCAACGAUUUUGAGAAAGGCGAAACUUUUGCGUCGCGAUCCGCGUAUGGUUGAGCGGAAAAAGCCUGGUCUUGCGAAGGCACGCAAGCGGUAUGCCUGGGUCAAGCGGUAGUCAUUCUCAGCAUAUUGCGCAGUACCUACUUCUCGUUCCAUCGCUUUUAUCGUAUCACCAAUGUUCCAUCAACCUGACAAUUCUGCAUGAAGUACUUAGGUGAAUAUUGCUGAGAUGUUUUCACCUCUAUCGCUUGAUAUAACAACGAGAAGUCAUUGCUUGGGACGCUAACCAGAGUGAUUCUUCGUGGUGUUGCGGAUAUCAAGAGAUUCAGUGACACCCCCGAGUCAGGUUGCCAG